UGAAAUGCCAGCCAGCGAGUAAGACUGUCAGCAAUUUACAACAACUUCAUAUACUUAGUUUUACUAGCGACACCACGUUCGAACGAACACCGCAUUUACUCGCUUUUGAAUGCUAGUUCAUCAGUCAAGUACAAGUUUUCCUGUACUUCUAGGUUGGACAGGAGGUCGUUGCUGGAUGGAACAUCACAGCUCCUUCUUAAAGAUGACGUUUUUACACUCAAGAUGAGACGACCGAAUUGACACAAAGUUGUACUAGCUUCAGUUUUUCCACCAUUAUGCGCACAAGAAAAGCAAAGCCGAGGCUCGUCCUGCCGUUGCUGGCAGCGGCGAGCAGUGUCCACCUGCUGUUCCUCCGUUUUGCGCAUGCAGACGAGGACAAGGGGGACCAUUGCGACCACUGGGCCAGCACGGGUGAAUGUGAGAACAAUUGGAGUUUUAUGGCCACCAACUGCCCCCGGGCCUGCAAGAAAAUCCAAGAUUCCAAGCAGGCGGAGGUUGACGAAAAGUUGAGAUUGGCAGAAGAAAAGGUGAAGCAAUUAGAGGCGCAACAAGCGAAUGGAGGACUUCUUGCAGGGGAUGUAACAGCAUCGGCUGGAGCUGCUGCACAUCAAAAUGCGGAGCAACAACCAGGAACGGCGAACGUGGAGUCCAGUUCCAAAAUACUAGCCAUGCGACAGGAAAUCGCCCAGUUAAAGGCGGAAGUGGAAGGCGCGGAGGCCAAAUUUCUGACCGAGAAGAACGGACUACAGCAACUGCACGAGGAGCAGCUACAGGGAAUGCAAAAGGAGCUGGAAGCGGCGAAAGGGGUAAGUACAGGACUUCUACUGUGUUUUUUUCUCAUGUAAAAAGUAGGUGUGAACCUUACAAAAACAGGACGAGUUUUUGCAAUUUCUAUAUACAGAAAAAAGGUAGAAGCGCUGGGCUGAAGGUUUGUGAUGCAGAGGUUCUUCAACGCGAAUGAAUAUUGUAAAGUAGAUGAUCGCGCAUUUUUUUUGAAAUUAUAUCAGGACCAAACCUGCCAAAUUGCAGUGACGGAGCGGGUAUCAACUGUAAAAAUGUCUGGGUCUGGAAGAAUGCAAGAUUUGUGAUGCAGGUUUUCCAUGACCCAUGAGGUCUGGAAUGCGAGACCCAGCAUGACAGAUUUUUUGAGGUCUCUAUCAUGCCUUUCCUGCAUGAGAAACUCCCUCUCAACUUGGUCAAAAGUGAACAGCUUUUGGUACUCACGCAACACAGAUUUUUGCAUCAUUGGGAUUUAGCAUGACAAGUUCUAUUCUUCCAGACCCAGACACUUUUACAUUUGAUAGCGGGACCAGCUGGUUUUGAAAAACGAGGAACUGAUAUGACAGUGCACAACUCCCCCUCCCCCUCAUUUGUCAUGCAAGACCCCAAAUCCAGGCUGUGCCUCUUGGCACUGUCUGCAUGACAAGUUCAGGUAGACCAAAUAGUACUGCACUCCAGUGUAAAUUUGUCAUGCAAAGCCGGCAUUUUUGCAGAUGCUUGCAUUGCCAUUGGUUUAUGCUACACAAAUGCGGGGGAGGGGGAGUUGUGCACUGUCAUAACGGACCCAGCAACGCGACGCGGCCAGACAGCAGGGACAGGAGCUGCAGGGGCAGGUGGAGCAACUGCAGGCCCAGGUGCGGGAAUUCGAGCAGAAGCAGCAACAAACAUCCACGGAAGAAGAAUUUACGACGAAGAUCACGAAUCUAUCAAGUGCAAAAAUGUCUGGGUCUAGAAGAAUGCAUGUUUGUCAUGCUUGUCUAGCAUAGCUCUUUCUUAAAUCUGUCAUGCACGUUACCCAAGAGCUCCAUUUUUCUGUGAUGCAGAAACGCAGUUUGUCAUGCAGAAUAGGCAACACCUAGAAUGAGAAUCUCAGAAACUUGUCAUGCUGGGCCAGCAUUUGUGGCCUCAUCAUGAGACGCCACCCAGCAUCACAAGUUUCCAGACCCAGGCAUUUUUGCAUUUGAUAGAAUCUUGAGCAGGACAAAGUCCAGCUGAAGCAGCAGUUGGUCGAGAAAGAGGACGAAAUGCGGCUAUGCGUCGGAAAUGUAUCGCACUCGUAGUGCAGCAUGACAGAUCUCGUUCCUUCAGCUACUUUAGCAUGACAAAUCCCAUUUUUCCUUCUGGAAAAAUUUGUAUUGCAAUCGACACUAGUACGAUACUUUUGCAAUGCAUAGCGCAACAUCACCGACAUUUCGGAGCACUGCCACCAGCAGCUGGAGGAGAAAGCGGGCAAGCACUCGGAGCUGGCUUUGGAAAACGACCAGCUGCGCGGCGAGCUGCAGCAGGCAAAACUGGAACUGGCAAACAAAACCGCAGAGUUAUCCGUAGCCAGUAGCAAAGCAGCCACAGGAGCAACAAGCGUCGAGGCAAGUACUAAAGCUUGUCCGGUGUGUCCCGAAGAGAAGGUGUGUCCCGCUUGCAGUUCUACUGCCGAUAGUAGUGCAAAGGAAAAAGAGCAGCCGAAUAAAGAGUGUCCGGUGUGUGAGCAGUGCGAUUUGGCGCAUUGUCCGGCGUGUCCGCCCCCACCACCCCCCUGUCCGCCACCGGUGAAAUGCAUCGAAGCGGAAAAGAAUGAACUACAGGCAGAAGCGAAAGAAGUAGAAAAAACCUGUCCCGCCUGCCCCCCGCCCGCUCCGGCGCCGCCCUGUCCCGCCGUGGCGCCGGCGCCCGCCGUGGCGGAAGGACAAGAAACGUCGGGAUCAAGCAGUGCUUCCUGCCCGGCCCCAGCCCCCUGCCGCCCACCGCCGGCCCCCGCGACGGAGUGCAACUGUCCGGAGCAGAAGCCCUGCCCGCCAGAAAAUGUCUGUCCGCCCGAAAAAAUCUGUCCCGAGCUCCCCCCGCAGGAACAACAGCCCUGCAACUGCACUGCUGCAGUGGAGGAAGCCAUCCAGGCCGCAGAUGAACAAGCCAAGAAAGCGGCGUCAAACGAAGUGGCGCCGAGUUGCUCCAGCGAGCUGUUUCAGCAAAAAAGAAAGUUGGAGGCGGAACACCAAGAGGCCAUACAGAAGAUCAAGAACACGCAGGACGCGGUCGGACAGCAGCGCAUCGACGACAAUGCGGAGCUGGGACAGGAGCUGCAGCGGGCGAAGGAAUCGCUCGAGUCCUGCGAGGGAAAGCGACAGUUUUUCGAGAAAAAGGUAAACACCUUGGAAACCGAGGGGAUCGCGGGCGCCGCAAACUGCGACGAUGUGCGGGAAGAGUACAAUUUCAGUUUCUGCCAUAAUUUUUGCAACAUUUUCUUUUGCGAAAGUGCACAUGACAGAAUACAGCAAUCAUGCUAAGUACAGUAGCAUUACCAGGCGGAAUGAGUCCGGAUAUAUAAAUAAACUCGUUAUUUUAUCAGGUACGAAAAAAAGGCUGAGCAGCUGCUUCACGAAAAGAAUCUUUGGAUAGACACGAACCGCACCCUUUCUGCGGACUUGGAAAAUUGCAACAAGCAGCUGGAUAUAAAAUGCAAAUAUGUCUGGGUCUGGGAGGACGCGAACUUGUCAUGCGAAGUCUGGAUCGUACAAAAAUUUGUGAUGUUGCAUGACUACCAAAAUAAGCUCUCCACUUUUGAGUUCGUCAUGCAGGAUAGGCAUGAAAAAGACGACGUCGCAGAAUCUGUCAUGCUAGGUCCUGCAUUCCAAACCUCAUGGGGCAUUGAAAAUAUGCAUGAGAGGUUUGCAUUCUUCCAUACCCAGACAUAUUUGCAUUUGAUACUGGACCAACAGCGGCCGGUAGCGGAAAAUUGCAACACCGACCUGAAUAUCCUGUGCAAAAGUAUCGUACUCGUAUUGCAAUCAUGCAUUACAAAUCUUUCUCUUAAGGUAAAUCAGCAUUACAAAUUUUAUCUCUCAUGCUGAGAAAAUUUGUAAUGCAUUUAUACGAGUACGAUACUUUUGCAAUUCAUACUGAAGAAAAAGCAGGAGGAGGCGCAAGCACUGUCAGCGCAAGUGCUGGGCUUGGAGGAGGAGAAAAACAGGUAAAGAUCGUCAUGUUAAAGCAGCAUGACAGAGCCGUCGGCUAAUUUGGAAAAACAUGCAUGACAAAGUUUGAACGACCGGUGCAGGAGCUGUGCGCAAAAUAAAUCUCAGCACGAACAAUCGUUGAUGCCAAAAUGGAAAAUAAAAACUACUGCCUUUACAACUAUGCAGGUUUGCCCAGUCCAGCAACGAGCAGCAACAGCGCCUAGCGCAGCUGCAACAGAACCUGGAAGCCGAACGCCAGAAGAGCACGGACGCCGAAGCACUGCAGCAAAGUCUCGCGGAGGAGAAGAGACUGCGGCAAGAGCUGGAGCACGACUACGAGGAGAAAUUGGUCCACCUUUCCUCCCAGGAAUCCGUCUCCGCCGAGAAUUGCGCGAAGAAGAUCAAAAAUUUUGCGUCCGCGAAAUUUGUCCUGCUUUCGAGCACCAAGCUGGUUACCUUUCUUGUGGAACUGGUGUGGUUCAUAUGACAGUGCACAAGUCCCCCUCCCCCUCAUUUGUCAUGCAAAAUACCCAAUCCACCUUUUACCUCUUGGCAUUGUGCGCAUGACAAGUUUUGGUAGACCAAAUAGCACUACAAUCCAGCGCAAAUUUGUCAUGCAAAACGGGCACUCUUGCUGAUGCUUGUGUUGCGGUUCAUGCUAUACAAAUGAAGGGGAGGGGGAGUUGUGCACUGUCAUAGGUCAACGGGCUGGAGCCGGCGCUGAAGAAGCUGAAAGUUUUGGAAACGCCGGAGAGCAUCGCGACGGCGCUGGGGACGCCCGCGUUGAAUGUCGAACAGGACUACAUCUACCCGGCUUUCAACAAAAUCGCGGACCUGACCGCGGUGCAGCGGGAAAGGUUCUCCCCGCUGCUGGACCAGUUUAACACUGUACACGUGAAUGAGUUUGUCGAAAAAAAGGUGAAGAUGCCGAACUUCAACGUGGAACAGGAUCUGCCCGCGGAAUUUUUCGAUCGGCUGGUUCUGGUUUUUUUCCUGUACGCCGUCACCGCCUUCCUGCUGUUCAAAGUCGUGUUGAAAGUUCUCUGCUGCCAGUGCUCGGUUGUCGGCCUCCUGUCUUGCGGGCUGCUCGGCGACUGCUGCGCGCGGAGAAAAAAGGCGGACUGGGAGAAGAAGAUCGAGCAGCUAUCCCACGAAAAAACUGGUUCACUGUGACGAUCUUGCAAGAUCUGCAUCACAAAUUUGUUACACAUGACAAAGAAAACCUGGCAUGCGUGCUUCCUAAGGGAAAACACAGCUAAAAAUCCAAUGUCUUGCAUGUGUAGCAAGACAAACACACUUGCGUUCCGUUCUAUGCAUCACAAGUUCACAGUGAAACAGUUUUUUCUUGCGAUAGCAGCUGCAGCAAAACUACUACGCAAACCAGCCGCCGUAUGGAUGUGUCAGGAUCGAAAUCGUCAAAAUCGAAAAAUUUGUGAUGCGCAAAAUGGAUGCCAGUUGGAGCCUCAGUUUCCAAGUGGCGCAUGACAAAUUUCGGGACCACCAAAAUCCAGCCUGUCAUGCUGUUUGGGCAAAGCAGAUUGCCCCUGUCAUGCUACUCUGGCAACACAUUGUAUACCCCUGAACAGGCUUACAAUCGGUCUCAUUUGCCUGCUCCCCAAUACCGGCGUCGCGUGCCCUACAUUUUAUGCAUCACAAGUUGUUCGAUUUUGUCGAUUUCGAUUCUGACACUUCCAUACGCCGCCACCCCCACUGCCCCCCGGGGGCGGUGCAGGGGCCGGGCAGCAGGGCACGCAGAUGGUCGCGGUCUCCGGGAAGCAGUACGCAAUGGGAGUAUAGUGUGGCUGUGGUCGGGAAAUAAUUUGUGAUGCUAGUUCGGCAAAAAUGAUGAAUAUUAUUUUUUGCGCAGCUGCCUCGCAUGAGAAGUUCCUGAGCACCAGCUACAUAUAUCAUGCGAAUUCCGCAUGAGAAACUGCUGCGAUCUUUUUUGCAUAACAGGCAGUACCACGGCCCUGAUUUUUUCAUCGUAUGAUAUGCAUAUACAGAGUAGUUCGGAGAAGUCAUGCCUCCUAGCAUGACAAAGCCUAUGCAUUCUUCCAGACCUCCCAGACACAUGUGUCGCUUCCAUAAGGUGGUGGUCAAGGCGAUUGCAAAGGCGCACGCUUUCGAGUCCGAGGUGCUGCAGUUUUGACGCAUCUUCGACGGAGGGAAGUCCGACGAAGAUAGAUUGCAACAUGCGUAGACUUCUUCUGCUCCCGUGUAGUAGUUGAAGGUGUGACCACAUCGAAUGUUCUUCAUACAUUAUACGCGGCAAAAGAAGAAAUGACUCGCUACGUUGUACAUGAAGACAGCCCCUGCUUUACCACCUCUACUCGACGCCAAAGGAGGUAACAAGUCCACCAUAGCUAGUACUACUAGGAUAGAACGUUCGUGACCUCACUACAUACAACGUGAUGAACAAGAACAUAUGAAAGCGAUAGCAAAACGUG